CACUUCCUCCUUUCGUUAUCAUUUAAUAUGUCUGUAUCAACAAAGUAACAGGUUUUCAAUUUAAAUAAUACCAGAAAGGCAAUACUGAGACCUUAAUAAUACAAAAAAUUAAACCAUUAAAAUUUAAUAAAGACUCGUAUGGAGUGCUUCACAAUAUCUAGACACGUAUAAUUCUUUUCUUCAAAAUCAUGUCCGUGGAAGAAUUGGAGCAGGUAACUUUUCUUUUAAAAUUUUAAGUUUACGAGAAAAACUAUUAAGUCGUUGGGCCUUACUUAGUCUUUGUCGGCUUAGGCCUUUUAGUAAAAAUAAAAAGUAAUAAAAUAUCUUACUAUUAUUAUUACUAUAUAAUAUACUGUUGGUAUUAGUUGAUAUUAGUAUUAGUAGUUUUGGUAAAAGUGGAGUUCAGGUGCCUAUAUUAUUUCUUAACGCAUUUCAUAUUUUAUCAUGUAAACUUACGUGUAUUCUUUAUUAAUUAAAUACAGGCAGUUAUAGUUAACUAAUACUGAAUUUUAAAUGGCCCUUUUUAUUUGAUUUCUAAAGAGUCUUUAAACAUCCCCCAGCCCCAACCAAAGCAACAUAGCCCCAUUUGUUUUGAAUUUUUUGUUUUCGGCCUAUGACCAGAUUUUUAACCACCUAUACGUUAGUAUGAUAAACGAAAUUUUCAAACUGUAGGCAUGUUCACAAAAAAUAAUUAAAUUUAAAUUUUUCAUUACACAGGAGCGCCCCCCCUCCCCCCAUUUCCCCACCCCCUUUUCGUUUUUUUCCUCUCAGAGCGCUUGGAAUAUACGUGUUGUCAUUUUAAAGUCGGGGGGGGGGGGGGGGAAUUAGAAGUGGAUCACUAAGGUAGGGGAUUUCCCCCCCCCCUUUUUGUUUUUUUCCUCUCAGGGGGCUUGGAAAAUACGUGUUGUCAUUUUAAAGGGGGGGGGGGGGGGGGUGGAAUUAGAAGUGGAUCACUAAGGUAGGGGACACACAGUCCUCAUUGUCCUGGAGUGAAGCUGGAAAAAAAAAGGGGGGGCGGGUGUUCCAAGAAUAUGUGCCAAUGUGUGAUCACGUGUCCACUUUAAAAAAAAAUAUUUGUGACGUUGCAGGGAAUGGGGGAACUCGGAUCAUUUAUUGAUAGUCAUCUCAUACUGAUGGCUGCAAAUAUGUUGUCUGUGAUUGGUCAGCUCUAAUUUGAGCACCCCUCCCCUUUCUUCAUAUGCAAAUGCGCUUAUUAAUGGUGACUGAUUUGCGCUGAGUUAAAUGAGGGUGAGGGCUAGUGAUUAUAUAGAAUAAGACGGACUCGUUUUGCGGUAUUGCUGGUGGUGGGAUCAUUUUGUUCAAGAUGGCAGGACGGCCAAGAGACAAUAAUUGAAAUUGUUGAUCCAACGGAAAUUUUAAAUGGUGCAGCAUUUGGUUUAUACGCAAUUUUGUGAGGCAACAAAAAACGUUAAAACAACUAUGGAAUUGCUUGCAGGCGCUCAUAACCAUUGCUAUGUGGCUUGUAAACUGGCUACGUAUGUCAAGUAUGAGAGUUCCCUAUAACUACCGGGAUCUGGAUCUCACUGGCACCGGUAUCCCACCGGGAUCAGGAUCUCACUGGGAUCAAGAUCCUAUCGGGAUCAAAAUCUCACCGGAAACAGGAUCCCACUGGGAUCGGGAUCUCAUCGGGCUUGAGAUACUAUCAGGAUCUUACCAAAUAUGGGAUCUCAUCUGAAUCGGUAUCCCACCAGAAUUGGGAUUUCACCGGGUUCGAGAUCCUAUCGAGAUCUCACCGGAUUGGGAUCUCAUUUGGAUUGGGAUACCACCGGCAACGGGAUCUCACCGGUAAAGUGAUCUUACCAGGAUCGGGAUCCCACCAUGGCCGGGAUUCUACCAGGAUCGGGAUCCACCAUGACUGAGAUUCUACCGGGAUCGGGAUACCACCAUGACCAGAAUUUUACCGGAAUCAGGAUCCCAUCAUGAUCCUUCCGGACCACGGUGUGCCAUCGGAAAACGGGAAAAACGAAAGGUUUACAUAAGUUAUUUUAAGUGUUUUUAUAGGAGACAAAUUGAUUAUUUUUUUUUUUAAUAUAGUGGUGUUGUUUUGUUGUUAAAAUUUCGUUUAAUAGCAAUGUGAAUUAAAAGGAAGUAGAAGAUGUUUUUUUCUGAAUGCAAACCCGGGCAACUCCGGUUAUAUUUGAUUAUAAAGUUAUAAAAUAAAUACAACAUUUAUUUUAACCAAGAUUCAUCCAAUUUGGCAACUUUUAUAACGUAUCUUCAAAGACAGAAGAGUUAUCCUUGAUUUACCACAAUGGCUCCAUAAAAGACAAAAGAUUCAUGAAAAUGUCCUUAUUUUAUCUCGUAAAAUUUGUUAAAUUGUUGUUGUGUUCCAAUAAAAAGAUGGUAUUUUUCUUUUAAAAUAAUUUUUAUAAAGAAUUAACAUAAAAAAUACGAAAUUCAAACAGAAAUAAUAUACGCACCUGAACUCCACUUUUACCGUAGUUUAACCCCCCCCCCCCCCUUUUUUUUUUUUUCACCUUCCCCCUUUUCAAAUAUCUGAAUAUGUGAAUGUCUGACAGUUCCAUGCAAGCACUAGCAGUAUUCCAAUGAUUAAAUAUUUGGCUGGUAUUUGGAAUGGUGAGAAGCACCAUUAGAAUAAUGCUUUAUGGGUAGAGUGCAAUACUUCCUCUCUCAAGCCUAAACCUGAUUCAGGAUUAACAUAACUACUUUUAACAUAUCCGUCAGAUUUUUGGCAAGACUUUCGAUCGCUCGCCUUAUUUGCGUAAUCUCAGUUGCAGAUGUUUUGCUAAAUUAUAGAUAUUUAUUUGAUAAUUUUUCAAUAUUUAAUUUUUUUUUUAUAUCCAGUAAUAAUCUGAUGAUAAUUGCUUGUUGUCAGGGAAAGGGUUGGGUAGAAAUAGGAAGUAUCAAAUUCAUAUAUUAUAAACUCACUGGGCAUGUGCAUUUUAAAAAAAAACAACCUCUGUACCCCAAUUUUACAUGGGGCUCAAUUCAUCCCACUGAUCCACUUGGGAAUAUUUCCCUACAAGUACAAGUAAGAGAUGUCUUUCUCUCCAAUCUUACUUCCUCUUUUUUCUGUUGAUGCAUCCUGAUGACAGAGUGGUUUGGGUUAGGCAAGUGUAGGAUGGGCUUUGAAAAUUACAGGCAUUGUCUACAGUAUAGCAAAUUUUGUUUACAAGCUAUGUGUUCUGUUCCUUCUUUUAAUUUUUUCAUUAUUUAAUUGCUGCAGCAGAUGCCCAUUUUUUAAUUUUUUUUUUUUAUUAAUAUUGCCUCUAUUCAACUUAUGUGUCAUUGUUUGAGAUAUGAUCUUUUUCAUUCUCUAAUUUUGGAUAUUGUAAAUGGCACUUUGAUUAACACAGACUACCCAAUGUUUUAAUUCUUUUUUAAUGUCUUUAUUGCCAUUGUUGGAAAUAGUGCUAUCAAGGUAUGUUGUAAAUGUAAAUAUUAUGCACUACUAAAUUGGAUAAGCAGUUCAGUAGCUUAGUUACAUUUAGGGGUAAUUAUUAAACAAAUCCAUGACAAUUAUUUCAUAUGGUUUUUUAUUGAAAAGAAUUGUGUCUUCUUUCAUAUGCUUUCUCUCAGAGACCUUUUUACUAACAAUAAAUCAUAACAACCAACAAGUCAUCUCCUAUACACAAAACACAUAGUAACAGCUACACAAAUAAUCUCCACACCAAAACAUGCACCCACAAAACAUGAACAAAUCAUUGACAUCCUCCCCCAAUUCCUUUGACAUCACUUCAAAAAGUAACUCACAGUAAAAUUGUAUACAUCCGCUUUAGCAAGUACUUUACUUAUAAUGAAACAAUGAACAUAAUAACAUAGGCAUCAAAGACAAACAAAAACACACAAUUUUAGUGAUUUGUGAAAAAUUGGUAACUACACAUGAAUAUUUUAACACAUAAAAUUGUCUGUAAACACCCCCCCCCCCCCCUUUCCUUUUCAAAACAAUAUCAUCUAAACACUGCUAUGUCUUAAAGAACAUGCUUAGUUAACAAAAUUCUGAUGAACCCAUCACCAGGACAUCAUACAUGAAGCCUCCAGCAUAAGGAUUUGACUAGUUACACUACUCAUCUCAAGCACUAAAGUAUAGUGUCUUUACACAACUCUAGAGAGUGCCACGCCCUGAGACAAAUUAAAUCAUGAUGCAUUUAAUGUAAAGGAUUAUAAUUAAAACUGAUUAUUCCCUAAAAAGAAUACAAUAGAAUUUCAUAACUUUGUUACUGAGAGAGAAUCUUAUACCCUUGAUAAAUAAAAUUAACUCAAAACUAAAAAUGACAUACAAGCUUAUAAUUUAUAUAUUAAUAUUAUUAAAUAACACAAUAUUGAUAUUUAAAAAAAAAAAAAACACAGCAAUUGUUUGCAGCCAUUAUUUUUCCCCAGGUACAUUUAUUUUACUGAGUGGUAUAUCCCUCCUGUCAGCUUCCUUAAUGAUGUUGUGUAAAUUUAAAAUAUUUUCCCAAGAUAGCCUUCUCCAUGACCUAUGAACAGACAUGACCCUUAACCCACCCUAAACAUGGAGCACUCGCUUUAUCUGCCUUUGACUAUCAUCAUAUGUGGAUCAUCAAAAUAUUUUUCGAGUAUAAUUAUAUGUAUCCCAUUCCCAGCUUGUCUACAACCCAUCUUUUCUAAAUCUUUAUCCUCUCUGGCCCAUUGUUAAUCUCGUUCUUUACCCCUCUCCUCCAGUUCUAGCCUAUCUCAUUCUUUACCCCUCUCCUGACGUUCUAGCAUAUCCCUUUCAUUCAGAUUGCCUUCGACCCACCUAAUAAGAGCUUUGUUUUAUAACCCAGGUCUUCUACCUCUUUCUUCAGCUCUCAGAUCAAUUUUAAUUUGGGAAUGAUGGUUUCAAUAUUUUAAUAAAUAUAAAUUUGAUAACCAGGGUAAGGUACAGAAAUAAGGCUAAAUUAAUAAACUUAAAUGUAAUCAAUACAACACAAUAAAUAAAAAAAAAAUAUAUAUAUAAAUACAUCUUUUCUAACUAUAAAAACACAAAUAAAGUAAGUAGCUUAAGUUUUGAUCUUGUGGACCUCUUACGGUGUCACACACGGCCAACGUAGGGAUCAUUUCACACAUCACCGCCAUGUACAGAUAGGUCAUGUCGGCCACACAAUGGAUUGUUUCCCACACAGCCGCUGGAGGGUUUGUUUCACAAAUGGCCACUAAAUACAGUUGGGUCAUCUCGAACUUGACAGCACGAUGGACUUUCUUACACACAUCCACCAGAGGGAUCAUUUCACACACGACCACCAGAGGGAUCAUUUCACACAUGGGGCAUGGCCACCAGGUGAAUAUGGCUUCACACAAUGUGGCUGGCAGGGGUACCUCAAACACGGUAAAUGGAAUACCUGUUUUCACCGUCACCAGAUGCAGGCUUCGGUGCUAGGUGAACCGUUGAUCGUACAAUAUGGUCUGUUUCAACAAGUUUAUACCAGAUGAGCCUCCCAAGUGUUACAAACUACUAACUGGGAUAUGUAAUGAACCCAUCACUGUCAGAGUGGGAAGUUUUCAUUUUGUCUGUUUACCAGCUACCUGUACAAGUCUGAUGGUUACAUUAUUUUUAUAUCUGCUAGUGAAAUUAAGGUCAGUCAGGAAAAUUUUUAAAAUCCCAUUUGGUUUCAAUUCCUGGUUUGACCUAGACCACUCCCCUUUUUGAUCUAAUGAGAAUUAUAAGGCCAUCCUGGCAUACCAACCACUUUCAUAGCCACUGAUUUAGAUUGCUGUUAUGGUUGACUGCUUUUCAUCUUAAAUCUUUAGUUGGAUUUGCCCUUUUCUGUUAGUAAACUUCUGCAAUUGUUUUUGUUGCUAACUUUUGUUUAUAUUGUCUUUGUUUAUUUGGUAUGAUACAUAUUCCUCUAAAACUCUGUACAUUUAAAUAUGUCUGUGUCAUGUCUCUUAUCAUAUAAACAUAUGUUCUAGUUGGGUUCAGAUUGCUCCAUCUUGUGAUAUCCAUGUCACUUUAUGUAGUCGUUUGCGAAAUUUUCACAGGUGAUAGUCGUUCCCCUUCCUGUUGCGUAGUUUAAUAGUUAGCCUCCAUUAUUAUUGGUUUUCUCAGGCAGACUUUCCUUUUCAAUAAAUGGUCCGUAUGCAGAUGUCUAUGGACUAUUUUUGUGUAAUAGGUUGUAUAAUAGGUUGUGUAAUAGGUUGUGUAAUAGGUUGUGUAAUAGGUUGGACCUUAUCAUCAGAGUCAUAUCCAGGGUGUGGCAAGACAAAACUAUUUUUGUGUAAUAGAUUGUGUAAUAGGUUGUGUAAUAGGUUGUGUAAUAGGUUGUGUAAUAGGUUGUGUAAUAGGUUGUGUAAUAGGUUGUGUAAUAGGUUGUGUAAUAGGUUGUGUAAUAGGUUGUGUAAUAGGUUGUGUAAUAGGUUGGACCUUAUCAUCAGAGUCAUAUCCAGUGUGUGGCAAGACAAGACUAUUUUUUUGUAAUAGGUUGUGUAAUAGGUUUGACCUUAUCAUCAGAGACAUAUCCAGGGUGGGGCAAGAUAUGAAAAAUGCAGUUGGUGCCACUUGAACGUGGGAACAAAAUGGUAGAGCUGGACAAAGAAUUUCUAAAUUUUAAAAAAAAAAUAUUUUUUUUUUGCUCAUAAGAAUAAAAAUAUUAUCUCUACCAGUAUCUUUGUGUACCUUGAUUAGAAUUUAUUAUCUAAAUCUGAAUUAUGUAAAAAUUGGUUCUCAAACCUGAUAGUUCCCAAUGUUAGUUCUGGCUGUGGGUGCAAUAUGUCCUAAGCACGUCUCUGCUUAGCAUAUAUCCUUUCUGAUGUCACAGAGAAAAUGUUCUUAAAACUUAAAAUCAUAAGCUGCAUCUUUGGGUUUAGCAUGGCCACAUAUUAGCAUAAGAUUAAACAGUUUUCCCCUUCUUUGAAUGAUGUAUAUUUUUUCAAUCAUAGCUUAAAUCCAAUAAUUUUGCCACUGUAAGGUAUCGUGUUCUCCUUUCUCAAAUUAUUUGAAUCUCUUAUAAGACAGUUAUGGUGAUUAUAUACCGUGUCAUUUCAACCAUGAGACAGGCAAGUGCUCCUGCUCUGUGGAUACUGUUAAAGCCUGUGUGUUGACCUAGUUUGAGCUGUGACAUGCAACCCUUACCUCCCCCAUUGUUUUUGUGACUGAUGUCACAAGUCAACUUGGUGACACUUGCUGCCAUUCCUUUCCCCCCACAUCCCUUGAUUGGGAAAGUUUGUUUACGUUUCCAGAAGGCAAUGUUCCCUCUAAGGUUUGCUUGUUCGUGGGCAAAAUCAUACAGUUGUGUGCAAAGCUUUUCAGCAUCAAUUUUUUUUGUGUGCAACAUUUUACAGCCCACAAACACAAACACACACUUACAUGGAAAUUUGCUGCGCGGCAUAUGUGAGAUAGCCGCGCAGCGUAAAGGGAACAUUGUCAGAAGGGCCUACAAAGAGAAAGGAAUACUCUCUGGGGAUUGAUUUUCUAGACUUUCUGUUCUGGAGGGUUCUGAUUCCCUCCCUAUAGAUAUGAUGAUUGACUGUGACCGGCAGACUUUUUAUGAGAUUAACCAGAGAUAUAAGACAAGAGACCUUACAACUUUUUUCUAUGUGUGUGUGGAUUAAUAUUUUUAACUUUCUAGUAAUAGUAUUAUACUUUUUCACUUGCUGUGAUGUAAGUUAAUAUAAUUUCUAUUUCUGUAUAUUUGAUUUUAUAAUUUAAAUCAUCUUGUUAGUAUAAUUAAAUUGAUUAUUGUUAGUAUAACUAGCUUUGGCAUAGUUUUCUUUGUAUACUGGUUUUCAGUUCUUUGUUACAUAUUUUUCAUUUAACUAGCCAAAUCUUAAAACAGAUUAAAUUUGUUAAACUGUAUAAUGGUACGUAACAAUACUUACGAUUCCGUGUCAAAAUCCAAAAAUCGUUUCCUUGCCCAGGUAUGGUUUGAAGUCCUUUAGCAUCCUUACAUUUUUAUUUUUCCAUGACAGGGUGGUUAUCUGCGAACUGCCUAACUACUGCCUAACUACUGCCUAACUACUGCCUAACUACUGCCUAACUACUGCCUAACUACUGCCUAACUACUGCCUAAUUUGGUCUUCCCUAUGUAUCUUAUUUCGCCCAGCUCCUGCUAUAUCUGUUCCCCUAAAGAUUUAAAAAAAUUCAAGAAAAACCUACCAAAGCUAAAAAAGUUCUGAUAGUUUCAAAGGGAUUUAAUAAAAAACAGUUUGGGGAAUAUUGAAUUAUAAAUGAAUCAUACCAUUAUUUAUCUGUUCAUUGAGCAUUAUACUGCUGUUAUUGUUGCUAUUGUGUUUUUGAAGAUGAAUCUAUUUUUUAGGAACCUUUUAGCGUUCAUGAGUUUGUGGAGCGAUUAGCAUGGAAAACGAUGGGUGCCACAGCAAGAAGCAGUCCAGAAGAAUUUGAUCCUGAAAUACUGCAUAAAGCAUUUGAAAAGAUGAUACAUGACCUAAAAGACAAAAACAAUCAGGUCAUUUGAAAUUACUUCACACUUAUCUUAACUAUUCAACCUUAAUUAGAAAGUAGGGCCAUGGCAGGCAAAACCUGAAUAUAGGUGCCCUCUUCCUACAAAAUUAUGCAUUCAUAAAGAUAUAUUUCAUGAAUAAUAAUGAUUUUGGCACCCUCUGAAGAUAGCGCCCAGGGCAGGUGAUCUAAAAUAAACCCCCCCCGCCUCCCCCCCUUGUUGUUGUUUUAUUUUUUUGGCAAUUUGCCUGGCCUAGCAAGUAAAACUGAAAUUAAUCACCACGUUAUUAUAACAUGGACAAUGCAAAUAUAUUUACAGUGAAAUUUAACUUCAUAGACUAUCCUACGUUUUCAAAAAAUAUGUAUACAUAACAGUUAAAUUCAUUAAAUUAUUCAUUUGCAGGUUCAGAAUAAAAUUAAUAGAUUAGAGUCAGAGUGUAAAGAUGAGGAAAAACGUCACUGGAACCGUGUAGCUGAAUUACAAAAGAAAAAUCAGGUAGUUUUAAUUCAGUAACAUUUCUGUGCAUGUAUUUAGUUACAUUUUUAAAAACAUUGUCAUGUAUUAGCAAGUUAAAAAAAUUGGUUUGACUUAAAGUGAUGUAAAUGUUUCAAAAUAAUUCUUAUAUUCUCAGUAUGUUAUGAAAUUGUAGAAAUUAAGUUGGGAAUGAAUUGAAUCCAGCUAAAAUAGCAAGACAAAAUCAUUUUUACUGAUGAACUAUUUUAGCUUUCUUUAAAUUACUGUUGGUUCUAAAAUGCAUAUGUAUAUUCUUAUUUGGUUUUAUUUUCAGUCCUUGUACACUGAUUUUCAAACAUUGGAUGAAAGAAUUUCAUAUGUGGCCACCAAAGUGGUUCAUCUUGGUGAUCAGCUGGAAGGUGUUAACACCCCAAGAGCAAGGGCUGUUGAGGCUCAGAGACUUAUGCAUUACCUUGGAGAGUUCCUUACAGAAGAACCUUUGAGAUCCCCUGUUUUAAUUGAUCCUUUCCAGGCAUGUUAAAUGUUUAAAAUGUCUCUCUAUCAAAAAAAGAAAUGGUCAGUAGAUUGUGAUAAAGAAGCAAAGAAUGCAGUUUUGACCUCAGUACAGUGUUUUACAAUUAUUACAUUUUUGAUUAUUUGAUACUCUUUGAUUACUGAAAACAAAAUUGAAAAUAUGACAGAUGAAAAUUUAUUUUCUAAAGGCAAGGAAGGCAGUAGCACGCAGUUGCAGGUUUGAUUCAAAAUACUGAGUUUAUUGAAAAUGAAAUAAAAUUCAUAUAAUAAUGCAUUUACAUAAGUCUGUUAAGCAGUAUCUCUCUGGCAGUUACUUACUUAUACCUUUUUCUCUGCCUGGGGCAUGGGCUGUUUAAAGUGCUUUCCAGUCAUCUCUGUCAUGUGCUUUCCUUUCCUGUUGAUUCCAUAUUUAUUGUAGAUGCCUCUAGCUUGCAUCUCCAUGUAUAUUUUGGCCUUACUUCCUUUUUCCCCAUGUUAUCCAUGAUAAGAAUUGUCAGGUAAUGUUUUCCGGGGGUGGGGGAGGGGUGGGGGAGGGGUGGGGGGUAUUUCUUUUCCUUGUAAUGUCUUCAGCAAUAGGCUCUUGGUAUGUCCUCUUCAGUAAAACCUUGUUGUUGAUGAUGUUUGGCCAUUUUAUGUUCAGGAUCUUUCUCAGGCAAAUGUUUGUACUUUCUGCAUUAUGCUCGCUGUUGUUUGUGGUAGUUUGGGAGAUGCAGUCAUAUUUAUGAGAACUAUUUUGGGUCAUCAAUGUCAUCAACUGUUAAUGCUUUGUAUUUUGGCCAGCCUUCUGUUUACUAUUUCCUUACUGUCAAAUUAAAUAUCUUUUACAGACUUAUUUUUUGUAUAAACUCAUAUGCACAUCUAAGGUACAAUGUAAGGUCAUCUUUGAAAACUAUUUAUUAAGCAUGUUUUAACUUAAUUGAAUUUUUUAAAACUACAAUGCAUCUGCUUUAUAGCAGCAAUUAAUACAGCAAUUAAUAACCUUUUCUAACAUCUCCAGAUUAUCAAACAUUUGAGUAGAAGAGUCAGGAUUUUUAUUGCAUGCUUAGAAAUUUUGUAUGAAACAUUUCACUGAAUCCCCUAGUUAAUCUCAGUUACAUUAUUCUAUAAAUUUAUUUAUAAUUAUUAAAAUAUUUUUGUACAUCUGCUCUAGCUUCAUCUCACUGCUGAUGUUAUACAAAAACUCCAUUUAAUUGCGUUGGAACUGCCAUUGGGAGGAAGGUGAGAAAUUCAAAAAGUUUAUUCCCUGUAGAGCAACAAAUAAAAAUGUUAUGAGUAAAAGUAUUUAUCACUUCACUAAAUUAUAAUACAAAUUAAUGUAUAUCUCAUUUAUUGUUUGUAUGAAUAGAGCUGGAUUCAAUGUUCCAAAAUUGCAUUUAGGAAAUUAUCUAUUAUUUUGAAAAUAUUGGUACAUAAAUUGUAUUUUGAUUUUAUAAGAACAUUUUCUAAAUAUUGUUUAUUUUAAUGAUUCCAGAUUUGACAUUGCAAGGCAAAGGAUUGCUGGUGAGGGAAAGAAUAUCUUUAAUGAAUUAAUUUUUAAACUUAGUCUAAACAGUGGACAUUUUAGUCCAAAACAAUGAGAAUAAAUGCCCUAAGAAUUCUAAUUUAUAAAUAAUUAAAUUAUAUUUAUUUUAAAUCUCAAAUCAAUUAAAUUUUUCUUCAAAAUGUCAUUAUAUCAUGUGCCAUUCUCAAAAUUUUUGAAAACAAAUUGCUACACAUAUAUCUCUUUUUUGCAUUUAAGAAAAAUAUGAUGCUGUUGAAAAAGAACUAAUUGAAGAAUUUAGAUUGGGUCAGCAAGCUGGGGACAGACGACAGAUGCGAAAGAUAACAAACCUUCUACAACAUUUUAAGGUUUGCUCAGUUAAUAUUUAAUGUUAAGUUUAUACAAUAAAUGACAAUUAGAAGCAAAUGUAUUGCUGUUUCUUUACUGAGGGACUUAAAUUUACAUGUAUUUUAUAUUGCAUUAUAUUACAGAGUUAUGGACAGUGCGUGGAUGUUUUUAUUGUGGAGUGCCAAAAGGUAUUUCAUUUCUUAAACUAAUUUUUAAUUGGGGUGGGGGUGGGGGGUCUGUUGUUAUGCAAAAGACUAGCUUUAGACUGAUGUGGUUUGCAAUCACUGCUAAGUCAAAAAUUAUCUCUGUCUUGGCAAUGGUACUCAUGGAUCCAGUCCCAAUCUUUCUUCCACAUGUUGGAGGAACAAAAGUUGCUCUUUUUGUGAGUGAUUUGAAAAAGUAGAAAGGCUUAAGGAACGGAAAAAUAUGAAAAAACAAAUUUUACUAGCUAACUAACAUAUUUAUAUAUAUUUAUGCAUUUUUAAAAUAACUACCAGACAUAAAUUAUAACACUGGAUGUGAAGUUGUUAAUAAAUGAUAGGAAAUUAGACAUCUACUUCUUUCUGGUUUGUUUUUGCCUGCAUGACUUUUUCCACAGCAAAGGAUAUUAGGGAAAGUGCUAUUUAGUUAUUUUUUAUUUAAUUUAUAUUCUUUGGGAGUUAUAUGUAUGGUCCUAAGAGCAAUAAGGUGCUUAUUUUAUUUCUUAAAAUGUCUUGCAGGGCGCUUUCAAGCAUAGCAGUAUUUUUGAUGACAUUGUCCCCUUGUGUGUGGAGACCAACAAGUUGGCUAAGGCUGUGUUCACCAACUCUGACAAUGUCAUGACCAAACUUGUACAAAAUGUCUUUCAAGGGAGUGUGCAGGUUUGACAGCGGUCAUGGGAGACCUACUUAACAACUUAUUUGAUUUAUAUGUUAGGAAAAAAAUAUGGAAAAUGAUAGAGGAGCAUAUGCACACUGAGGAGAGGCCCUCUGUUUACAUUUUUGGGGAAUGAAAAGAAAAGUUCUUUAAUCCUUUCAUUUUGCAGAGCCAACCAUUGCAUUUGUAGACAUGUUUUUGAAUAAAAUAUUUAAAAAUUUCUAUGGGAAAGUUAACAUUGGGCUGUACUAUGUUAUUGGGAAAGUUAACAUUGGGCUGAACUAUGUUAUUGGGAAAGUUAACAUUGGGCUGUACUAUGUUAUUGGGAAAGUUAACAUUGGGCUGUACUAUGUUAAUGGGAAAAUUAACAUUUGGCUGUACUAUGUUAACAGGAAAGUUAACAUUGGGCUGUACUAUGUUAUUUAUAAAGAAAUGUGACAUAGUGUUUUAAGCUCUUCAUAUGCUAACAUUUUGUUCUUCUUCUUCUAUAUCUUAAGGGCCCACGAUCAAUUUAUUGAUCAUUUUGGCUCCUAUGCAUGUAGAUGGGAUUUGCAAUGUUUCUGUUACUGGUGUUGAUGAGGAAAUCAUGCACUAGGGGUUUGAAGGCUUGAGGCAAUAGACACAAAUGUUUAAAGUUUUUAAGAGGGAAUUUAAAGGAGAAUUAAUGUCAAAAAAAUAUGUUGUAUUAAGAUGUUGGAAGGAUUGAACAGAGAGGAAACAAAUUUUAGAAAUGUGGAAUUAGUUCGCAGGAAAAGUAAUAAUUUCAAAAUUCUUGUAUCCAUCAUGUAAAGAAUUUCUGUAUGACUGAAUUGAUACUUCUCCAUUCAUAUAAGAUGUUUAAUAUUCCUAGGGCCAUGUAGCAUCAAGGCUCGAGAACCAAACUGAUCCAGAAACUUAUCUUAACAACCUCUACGAUUUGUACAUAAGGUCAAUUUUUUUCUCUUUUAAUUAGAAUGAAUCAAUAAUACAUACACAUGAGAACUUUGUUUGAUCCUUAAUAAUUGUUACCAGUUAGUGCCAACAGUAUUAUUCUUUGGCACAGUAUUAAAAAUAUAAAUACUCUACUACAGAGUAUAGACUCACACUGAUAUGAGAUCAUAAGCUGGUUUUUAUUAUCACAAUAAAAAAAGAAAGUUUUGUCAAAAGUUAUAACUAGAUGCUAGUGAAAUAGCAUGGGGGUGCCAGUGCGAAAGCAUGGGGGUGCCAGUGGCAUAGCAUGGGGUGCCGCCGGGCUAAAUUUUCAGAGGGCAAAAUUUAAAAAAAAUGUUAAAAAAGAUUAUUAAUAAAUAAAGUUUUGUAAAAAAAAUGUAUCAAGUCUUAUCUUAACAGACCCGAAAUGUUCUUGUUGUUUAUGGUUUCAAUUGUGGACUUAUGGGAGGUCAUUGGGUUCUGGCACCAUGGGAGGUGUAUGGGUACUGGCACCAUGGGAGGUCUUUGGGUGCUGGCACCAUGGGAGGUCUUUGGGUGUUGGCACCAUGGGAGGUCUUUGGGUGCUGGCACCAUGGGAGGUCUUUGGGUGCUGGCACCAUGGGAGGUCUAUGGGUGCUGGCACCAUGGGAGGUCUUUGGGCGCUGGCACCAUGGGAGGUCUCUGGGUGCUGGCACCAUGGGAGGUCUAUGGGUGCUGGCACCAUGGGAGGUCUAUGGGUGCUGGCACCAUGGGAGGUCUAUGGGUGCUGGCACCAUGGGAGGUCUUUGGGUGCUGGCACCAUGGGAGGUCUUUGGGUGCUGGCACCAUGGGAGGUCUUUGGGUGUUGGCACCAUGGGAGGUCUAUGGGUGCUGGCACCAUGGGAGGUCUUUGGGUGCUGGCACCAUGGGAGGUCUAUGGGUGCUGGCACCAUGGGAGGUCUUUGGGUGCUGGCACCAUGGGAGGUCUAUGGGUGCUGGCACCCCCUUGCAAUGUCACCGCCAGAUGGCAAUAUAGAAUUUCAAUAUACACUUGUUGUGAACACAUCACAGUUAUUGGGUUUUAUUUUUUCACCACAAAGGAUCCAGAAUCUGCUGAAGUUAACACAUGAAGUCAUGAAGUUUUUGUGACUACAUUGACUCUAGUGGCAGUAAUGCUGAAGUUAACCGACAGUCAUAAAGUUGUUAUGACUAAAUUGACUCUAGUUGCAGUCAUUAUUAUAGAGAUGGCUGUAAUUUAGUAUUUUUCUAUUUUUAAAAUUGGUUAUGCAACUUGUUUUGUGUGUUGUUGUUGUUGUUGUUGUUAAAUCUCUGACACUAACCAACAAGUUCCGAACCUCGUGGUUUCAGAACAUCCAAACUGACGGCGGAAUUGUCCAAAGCUUGCACAGAGCAUGAGUUUAAAUUGGGCGACUCGACAUUCCUGAACAAACUAACCAGGUCAAUCUUCUCACAACAUUUGGACAAGUACAUCGAGUAAGUCUGCAAUAAGCUCCCUUUUUAAAUAAGACCAGCGAGGGCCGUCGUAGUAGCAUUUACAUUUUAUGACGGUUAAGUUAUUAUAAAGGUUUAUGUGAAGAAUACUUUUACAAGGUAUUAUAAAGGUUUAUGUGAAGAAGACUUUUACAAGGUCUUAGGAUGGAUUAGCUGCAGUAGACUCUUUAAAAUUUGGUUGAGAAUUAAUGCUUUAUUUUUGAUUGGUUCAUUUUUGAAGGGUUCCGUUUCUGGGUUGUCACUUUUAAAAAAAAAAUUACUGUGAUGACAAUGGCAUCCCAAUUCUUAAGUUUAGAGGCUUUUAAAAAAGUCAUGAUUGCUCCCAAUAAUAUGAAUAACCAUUUUCUGUGUCAGUUUUAAAAUUGUUUUUUAACUUGAUCAAGUUUUGUCCUCUUUCCUGUACUGUAUUAUAAAACUGACAUUGCAGUGUGGAGCUGCAGUCUCUCCGAGAACAUUGUGCCAUGGUGCUUCACCACUACUAUGAAAAGAAAGACCACGCAAAACGUCAAAUACAGACAGGCGGGUAAGUCAGUUGGUUGCUGACAAAUUAGACUGGACAUGUGCGGCUAAUGCUAACACUUAUUUUUUGUCCUAACACUAUUUCAAAAUUGCAGUCCACCUGGGUCUUUCACAUAAACCAUAAAUCUCUGGGUCUUUCACAUAAACCAUAAAUCUAUUGGUCUUUCACAUAAACCAUAAAUCUCUGGGUCUUUCACAAAAACCAUAAAUCUCUGGGUCUUUCACAAAAACCAUAAAUCUCUGGGUCUUUCACAAAAACCAUAAAUCUCUGGGUCUUUCACAAAAACCAUAAAUCUCUGGGUCUUUCACAUAAACCAUAAAUCUCUGGGUCUUUCACAUAAACCAUAAAUCUCUGAGUCUUUCACAAAAACCAUAAAUCUCUGCUACUAAAAUCCUUAGAAUAUUUUACUCGGAGCUGAUAAGUGAAAUAGUAUUUGUUGAGGUGAUAAAACUUGUUAGAACAUCUUUUAACUUCUGUCAAGCUACUAACUCACUAACACUAACACACAUAUUCUUGUGAAGGCCUGAGAUUACUCUCUUAAUGACCCCGGCAUUCUUGUGAAGGGCUGAGAUGACUCUCUUAUGACCCCGGCUAGUACAUUGGCUGCCAGCUCCAUCUGCUGAACUGAACCAUAUAACAUUCUUCUGGCGUAGGGCUCUCCCACUGCCCUGGCCUCCCUCCCAAAAAAUCUAGUGAGGGACAUUUGGUCAACAGAUGCACUAGUGUUUCUGGGACGAGGAUGCAAUGCGGGAAGGAAGGGUCCUAUUGUUAUCUAGCCUGUUAAAAUAUGUGUCUUUCAAGCUACUUAUCAAUGCUAAUAUGAUUAAAACAUUGCUUAAACAGUUUAAUUUUGUAUUGUCAUUAUUAAAAACUUUUGAAAUAAAAGACUUUUAAAACAAAAAUACUUCCUUAUUAUUUGAUUUAGAAUUUACGAAUUAAAGAGAGAUAUCCAGGCAAAACUGGGAACGGUGACAAAAUCUGGCCCAACUAUAGAAAACUUCGGAGGAGAGACUUUCUUGUCACAGGAAGUGGCCAUCAAUAUCUUACAAGACACAAAAAAUGCUUUUAAGCGCUGUCAGAUGGUAUGCAGUAGAACAUUUAAUUUUCUUUUUAAUAAUUUAUAUUAUUUGUUUGGUUGCAAUUUAUGAAUUGAUGCAAUGAAAAUUCUCAGAAUUCUUCAGAUUUGUUGUUUGUGUAGCUCAUCAUUUGUUGUUUGUGUAGUUCAUGAUUUGUUGUUUGUGUAGUUCAUCGUUCAUUGAUUGAUCUUUGAUCCUAAAAGAAAUAAAACUAUUUUAUUUCAGCUGUCUUCAUCUUCACAGUUGGCCUCCAAUGCUAUGAAAAUAUUUGAUGUUCUAAUUCAGUACUUGGUUUUAGAGCAUAUUGACUACGCCGUUGAGAUUGGCUUGAUAGGUAAUUGGCAUGGAAAAUCAUGAUUAUAUAAUGACGAAAUGAUUAGAUUAUUGCUUAGAUUACUUUUAGGAAAAGAAUCAUGUCAUUCAGGAAACGCUUCAAUAAUAAUAUUUAAUGAAAAAGAAAAAUGUAACUGAUUAAACUUAUAUAGUUAAGAAAUAAAUGAUAACCUUAUAACACGUCAUAAAAUUAAGAAUGUUCAAAUUAAGAAUGUUCAAAUAACAAAAAAUGUUUUUGUGUGUGUGUGUGUGUUAUGUUGGUUUAAAGUUGUGUAAUGUCAAACAAAAAUUAUUUUUGUAAUGCACUUUUCUACAGUAAUAUUAAUAAUGUGCGACAUGUCUCAUGUUUUUCAAACAACUUUAACAUUUAAGUUCUGACUUAAACUGUUCUGAUGUCUGCAUUCAGGUAUCCCCCCCGCUGAGCCAAAAGUGGAGCCAGAGAUCUACUUCUUUGAUGUGGUCAGCCAAGCAAACACCCUCUUUCAUCUCUUUGAGAAACAGUUCACUGACAGUUUUAUUCCAUUAGUCAUGUAAGUCUAUAGCCUCAUGUGAUUCCAGUGACGUGAAUCAUUACAUAUGUUAUUUCCAUGGGUGUGAAUCUGUUUUCCUUAUUCCAUAUUCUCUUGUAAGUCCAGUGAUGUCAUUGAGUAUUUCUCCUAAACAUUUUCUUGUAAUGAGGGCUGGGAGCUGUAUGCAUCCGUUACAUAUUUGAAUCUGUUCAUGAAAUCAUUCUUGGAUAUCAUUUAACUUUAACUUGCCCUGGGUAUCAUCAUCGUGUUGAUUUUCUCUGCAGGUCAUCCCCGUUUCAUGGGGCUUGUGUUAAAAAGAAAAGAAAUCUUAGGGAGGCGAUGGAGGCCAAGAUCGACACGGGCCUUGACCGAUCGAUUAAUGCAAUAAUUGGCUGGAUCCGACACAUUUUCAACAAUGAACAGAAAAAAACAGACUUCAAACCUGAAUCAGAAGACGCACCAUUAAAUUUAUUGUCGUCUCCUGUAAGAUGUUAUUGCCAUACAAAUUUCUUGUUAUUUCCAUCACAUUACUCUGUUCUCUGUUUAAUUUGUUGGUAAUGAAGACUUUCACCUUAAACGUCGCUUUGUGCUGUUAGUUCCCAUUACUCUGUGAAUUAUGUUUUUAUGUUGCUUUAACCUGGACACCCCAUUUUAUACUUGGUUCAGCUGUCUGCCUUGGUUCAGUUGUCUGCCUUGGUUCAGCUGUCUGCCUUUUUCCAGCUGUCUGCCUUUGUCCAGCUGUCUGCCUUGGUUGAGUUAUCUGCCUUGGUUCAGCUGUCUACCUUGGUUCAGCUGAGAUCAAAUUAAGUUAUUCCUUGAGGAGUUUGUUGGCAAAAAUAAGACAAUAAAUACCAUUAACUUUUUUCUCUGUCUCUGCUAUUAAACAAAAUAUUGGCCGAAUAUUAACUUCACAGUCUAUAGUUCUACAGCUUUCCUUAUGCUGUAAAAAAGUUUGAAGUAAAAAAUUGUCAAUAAUGUAUGGAAUUUCAGGCCGCCAUAAAUAACAUCCCAUGAUCGUAUCUUUCAAUUUCAGGCCGCCAUCAAUGUGUCCAAGUUUUUGCUAGCCCAGGUCAAGGAAAUCAAGAACAGCCUGGACGGCAAGAAUGUCGAUGCUGUUCUCAUAACUCUAGGGCAGCGUUUUCACCGUCUGACCUUUGAUCACUUGAUCCAAUUUUCGUACAACUCUAUCGGUAUGAUGACUGUUGUAUAAAACACAGUAGCUAAUAGUAAAAAAUUGUAAUCAAUACAUUUCAUGCAACUCAAUAAUUAUAGUACCCAUUGUCAUAAAAAUAUACACCUCAGUCAGUACAGUAACUGUUAUAAGUACUGUAAUAGAGUCAGGCCGAAUUUUGCUUUUGGUUUCGGUGAUGAAAGUUGCCAUUUGAUCACUUUCAGCGUAGCUUCAGUUUAUUUUUGCCCGAAAGUUAUUGAGGCUAUUGGCAAUGGAGCAGAAGUCAGACUGUCACUCAGUCUGAUAUUCAUUAUUGCUCAAGGUCUUGAUAUCAUGACUAAUGCUCUGCUCACAGCUGCAAGAUGAUCUACUUGUCCAAUUUUUCCAAAAUUAAAAUUUCAAUUAGGCUUAGGCAAAGGUAAAUAGUUUUGUGGAAAAAGAAACUAACUGAAUGGGAAUAUUUAUAUUAUUAUUUUAAUAUUUUCAAAAAUAAAAUUGUGGAACUCUAGGAUUAUUCAAUUCAUACACUUGUGACAUACAUUUUUAUCAUUAUCAUGCCCAUAAGUGUUAUCAUCGCCAAAGGUAAUUAGUAGUGUAACAAAAAAUCCUAGGGAAUGGUAACAUUUUAAUUAUUAUUUUUGUUUUACAUUUUAAAAAAAAUAAAAAUUAGGGAACCUUAGGAUGAUUUAGUUCAUUCAUUUAUUGAAAUUCAUCAUUAGCAUGCUGAUAAACAUUGUCAUUGAUGAAAUAAAAUGUUAAAAUAUUUCUCAAAAUUAGUCACGUAUAUGGGCACAAAUAUAAAGAAAAAGAAUAAUGAAACUUUCAGUAAUAUUUAAAAAAAUGAUUAUUUAUUUCAAUUUUGUAUAAUUAGGCAUAAAAUAGCCUUUAAUUUAAAUCAUAAGGGUAAACACAUGUGUGCAUGUAUCACUGCUUGAUUUAAUAAUUAUGUCGUAGACCUAAUAUAUUAUCAUACUAAACAUAGGUCAACAUUUGUUCAACUGUUAUUUAAUCUUUGUCAAAUAAAAAAUUAGCCAAUAAAUGAUGAUUGCAGAUAAAUGAAAAAUUUAAAUGUCAACCUAUAAGAAUACUAGUUUUAAUAAAAAUAUAUGGGUUAGCAGAACAAAGAGUUCAUUCAAGGCUUAUGUCUGGACACUUUAGUGGGCCAUACUAAUAAACCAUAAAUCGGAUAAGCAUUCCAUUGAUUCCAAUAAAUAUGUUUAGGUAGCGUUGUAAUUAUAUUAUAAAAAACAAAGAGCACCCAAGGGUCUCUCUUUCAUGAAUUUUGCACCCCCCCCUCAAAAUUUUCUCUUACCAUUUUACUUUAAAUUUUAAAAUACAUUUUUUUAACAACUUUAAUUACUUCUUAAUGCAAAUUGGUAAAAGCCAAAAUAUUCAUUAGAUUUUUAUCUAUUAAAGUAAUCUCAUUUUUGAAAUAAAAAUUAUAUAAAUAACAAUAUUUUCCCCCACCAUUUUUUAACAUAUGCAGAAUGUAUGCGCAAACGAGUUUGGUCGAAUCAGAAAAUCUCAUUCCGUCAGUCUCUAUACCGAAAUAGACACGCACACAAAUCUAUGGUCAAUUUAUAUGUAUUUUAUCUUGGAUGACCUCUGGUCAUUGUAUAACAACAAACAAAACCAAGAACUAAUCUCUCUACAAGUGAUUGUUAUGAGAAAAUUUUAUGUUCCAUAUGGUACUAGUACUAUGCCAUCAUACAUGAGUGCCAUAUGGUGCUAUGCCAUCAUACAUGAGUUCCAUAUGGUACUAUGCCAUCAUACAUGAGUUCCAUAUGGUACUAUGCCAUCAUACAUCAGUUCCAUAUGGUACUAUGCCAUCAUACAUCAGUUCCAUUUGGUGCUAUGCCAUCAUACAUCAGUUCCAUAUGGUACUAUGCCAUCAUACAUCAGUUCCAUACGGUGCCAUACCAUCAUACAUCAGUUCCAUAUGGUGCUAUGCCAUCAUACAUCAGUUCCAUAUGGUACUAUGCUAUUAUACAUCAGUUAAAAUACAUUUUAAGAAACCCGUUAAUGUGGUAAUGAAGAUAAAAUUGUAAAAAAUAUAUCAUUUAUGAUUGGGUAUAGUGAAAAAUAUUUUUAUCGUAAAGGCAAAAAAAACCAUCAUGCCACUUCAAUUUAAUGACAUGAUUUCCAGAUACCAUUUCAGUUAUCUGUGAUGUUAAUAACGUUAUUUCCAGGUGCAAUGUUAGUCAUCUGUGAUGUCAAUGAAUAUCGUAAAGUGGUCAAAGAAGAAAUGAAGAUUCCAUUGGUGACCCAGCUUUUUGAACAUCUCCACGCACUGUGUAACCUGCUUGUUGUGGUCCCAGAGAAUAUCAAGACAGUGUGCAGUGGAGAGCAACUGGUGAGUAGUCUGUCCAUUCCUUGUUUUCAUUCCCAUUAGUGACGUAUGGGUUUGAGGUGAUUUAUAAAUAAACUUCUCACGUAUAAUGAACUUAUCUAUUAUUUCAAUAUGAGAAAAGAAGAAAAAUGCAUGUGCUGCAACAAGAUGUAUAUAUAACAUAAACCAAAAUAUUGUGAAAAUGAAUUUUAAGAUGUUUCAAUUCUGAAAGAAAUAACUACAAAACAUUAGCCAUUAAUUAAGUCAUCAAUGUCUCUAAGGGAUUUCUCUCAUUGCUGAUUUUUACGCCUGAGAAAUACUUUAAAUGUCUUUGUGUUUAAAUUCUUAUAAUUGUAAAAUGUUUCCUUGGUUAAAAAUACUUAUUUAAUUAUGUGAUGAAAGGAAAAUAUUAUAAUUAAUCAAAAAACAUUUCCAUUUAUUAGGAUCAAUAAAAUAAUCUUAAAAUAAUCUUAGCUUAUCUGAUAUAUAUAUAUAUAUAUAUAUAUUAGUAAAAAAUAUAUAUUUAGCGAUUUCCCCAUAAUUAAGCUGUUCAAUAUCCAGGCUUUAGUAGUUUUAAUGUAUCAAGGGGAAAACUUAACCCUUUAAUUACCACUUGUUUCGGCAUAGAUUUUUGGUGACUCGGCAAAUUAAAAAACUUAAAGAUGAAACUUCCGGUAUUAUUUCAUUCUCUAUCCGAUUCGCUUACUAACUUCUCUAUAUAUAAACGAAUAAAGAAAUAUAUGGCAUUGAAAUAUGACGUCGACGUGACGUCCUUGGUAUUUCAGAAAAGUUCUUUCUAUCUUUGUUAUGACAACAAUGUCACGUCCUUGGGAUCAUGAAGUCACGUCGAUGUCAUCGGUAACAAAAAGGUUAACUGUUAGUAAAUUAACAAAAAGAAACAAAAUCCUUUCAACAAUUUUAAUUUUUCCUUGCCCUUCCCAGGCUGAUCUGGAUGAAUCUGUCAUUCAGAGUUUUGUCCAACUGCGAGCUGAUUACCGCACGGCCAAGAUAUCAACAAGACUGAAAUAAUAAUGUGAUCUAAUCUAUGCACACCCUCGAGCUGCUCACUGCUGGCCACAAUCAGAUAAAUAAUAAUAGCAUCUAGUGGAGGAAAUUUUUUACAUCCGUUUUAGUAGGGGAUUUUUGGCUUUAGAAUUGUCAUUGGCAAGUAAAGAUAAACUGUCGGCAAUUAUGUCAGUGUAUGUCAGCAAUCUGUGUCAGUGUAUGUCAGCAAUCUGUGUCAGUGUAUGUCAGCAAUCUGUGUCAGUGUAUGUCAGCAAUUUGUGUCAGUGUAUGUCAGCAAUCUAUGGUAGUGUAUGUCAGCAAUCUAUGUCAGUGUAUGUCAGCAAUCUGUGUCAGUGUAUGUCAGCAAUCUGUGUCAGUGUAUGUUGUAUGUCAGCAAUCUAUGUCAGUGUAUGUCAGCAAUCUGUGUCAUUUUAUGCCACCAAUCAAUGUCAGUGAAUGUUAGCAAUCUAUGGUUUUGUAUGUUAGCAAUCUAUGGUUGUGUAUGUUAGCAGUCUAUGGUUGUGUAUGUUAGCAAUCUAUGGUAGUGCAUGUUAGCAAUCUAUGGUAGUGUAUGUCUGUUCUACUCACUUAAAUCCCACUCCAAAGUGUUGUACACUACUUAUACUUAUGUACUAAAAUAUGGGUUAGUGAUAAAGUGAUUCCAAAUUCUGAUGUUGAAUGGGAAUUUUAUAUUGACCAUAUGUGUGUUGACUGUUUACUGUGCCACCUGUCCAUUGACCAUAGGUGUGUUGACUGUUUACCGUGCCACCUGUCCAUUGACCAUAGGUGUGUUGAUGGUUUACCGUGCCACCUGUCCAUUUACCAUAGGUGUGUUGACUGUUUACUGUGCCACCUGUCCAUUGACCAUAGGUGUGUUGAUGGUUUACCGUGCCACCUGUCCAUUGACCAUAGGUGUGUUGACUGUUUACUGUGCCACCUGUCCAUUGACCAUAGGUGUGUUGACUGUUUACCGUGCCACCUGUCCAUUGACCAUAUGUGUGUUGACUGUUUACCGUGCCACCUGUUCAUUGACCAUAGGUGUGUUGACUGUUUACCAUGCCACCUGUCCAUUGACCAUAGGUGUGUUGACUGUUUACCGUGCCACCUGUCCAUUGACCAUAGGUGUGUUGACUGUUUACCGUGCCACCUGUCAGAGGAGUUAUUUCUUUCUUCUAAAUGUUUGGGGUUCAAUGUUGCAAUUUUAAAAUCAGUUGAAUACCUUAUUUACAUCAAAUAUUUAAUUCCUCUCCAAUGGGUAUUUAGAAUUGUUAAUAAAAACUAUAUCAUGAAUACACCCUUGAAAGUAUUUAUUGAAUAUAAAUCUGUAAUGACAUAAAUUAUCAACAUUUCAUGUGCCCAUGAGAAGAUAUUGAGGAAUAAAAUAUACAAAUAGCUCAGUGAGCUGAAGCUUGAGUCACACAUUGGUAGUACACAUAGAACACAAGAGUGGUACACAGAACACAAGAGUGGUACACAUAGAACACAAGAGUGGUACAUGUAGAACACAAGAGUGGUACACAGAACACAAGAGUGGUACACAUAGAACACAAGAGUGGUACACAGAACACAAGAGUGGUACACAUAGAACACAAGAGUGGUACAUGUAGAACACAAGAGUGGUACAUGUAGAACACAAGAGUGGUACAUAUAGAGCACAAGAGUGGUACAUAUCAAAAACAAGAGUGGUACAUAUAGAGCACAAGAGUGGUACAUAUCAAACACAAGAGUGGUACAUAUAGAACACAAGAGUGGUACAGGUAGAACACAAGAGUGGUACAUAUAGAACACAAGAGUGGUACAUAUAGAGCACAAGAGUGGUACAUAUAGAACACAAGAGUGGUACAGGUAGAACACAAGAGUGGUACAUAUAGAACACAAGAGUGGUACAUAUAGAACACAAGAGUGGUAGAAAUAGAAUCUUGGAAACAAAAUUAUUGAAUUCAAUACUCAUUUCCGUUAUUUUAAAUUGUUAGAAUCGACUGAGCUUUUAUCACAAAUUUACCACGUUGUUUUAUUGUAAUUUUGUGAUUUGUUUUUUCUUUCUACCAAUUCUUUGUAAAUUGAAUUUAAAUUAUUAUAUGUAUUUGAUUUAAACAUUUUUUUGUUUACUGUGACCUCCUUUGUAUUAAUUUAUUGAUUAUUAUUUAAAUAAAUUGACGUCAUCUCACUACCGUAAAGUUAUUCAUCAAUGUCCCUUAUUAUCGUUUCACAUCAUCUGCCGAAAAAAAUAAAUAAUUCAAAAUAUUGACAUUCACUUGUAGGUAGUACUUGUCCGUAGCUAUUGUUGUUGUAAGACUGGACACUAGACUGCCCAUAAUGUCCAGUCACUGGCUGAGAUCCAUUAGAACAAAUUAAUUUUUUAUAAAUUGUUUUGUUUACUGCUACCGUUAGGAGGUCAUAGGUCAUGGCAAAAUCUACAAAUAUCCACACACACACAGCAUGCUGUUAUAUUUUCACCUUAUCCCCCCCUGGUCCUUUAUUAAGUUGAAGUGUAUCUAUCCUGUAGCAACUGUCUUGAAAGUUCAUAGAAUUUAUCCUGACUACUUGGAACCAAGGUUUGUUCAAGCAUAUACAGAACUUAUGUCUCUUAUGCUAGGCUAUUAUAUGGUCCACUCUUUCACAUCCCUGGCAUCCGGGGAGGCUAAAAAAAGAAAUACUUCAAUGUUGUUAUACUUGUAUAGACAAUGCUAGACGUGUUUAGACAUCGAGAGGUGUGUUUAGACAUAGCUAGACAAGUCUAGGCAGCGCUAGUCAUGUUUAGACAUUGCUUUGCUGGAAUCAAUUGUUAUUUGAAAAGAAAUUCUAAAAAUUGUGAGUGCUAUUUUUGUUAUAUCUUUGUGCAAUAUUCACUUAAUGUUCCAUUUUUCUUACCACCCAGGUAAUUGUUUUGUUUCGUUCCACACAAUAGUGAUGGAUGUAAAAAUAAUAAAACCUAUUGUUUGUUAAAAUUUAUUGUGAGAGCGGAACAAAUUGUGUUAUUACCAGUAAUUGUUGUCCCAUGUCAUUUCUUUCUUUUAUAAUAUUAACUAAUCAAAUAACAGAUUGUUGUUCAUGUCUUG